UUGGGAUAUUUGUACAUACCAUUUGGUCGUUUUUUUCUCUUGUAAAUAUUACAAAGGCGUUUUGGGAAAACUUGGGCUUCUACUACCUGCGAUUGUUACUAUCCCCUCCCAUGAAUAAUUAUGGGUGGGUCCAAUAUUCGCCACACUAUCAUGCCACGAUUCACACCACUAAAGGCACGCAAUCGAGGGUCUAUAGCGAAUAGCGGCUCUCGAAAGCACCUGAUAUUUCCUAAUUCGGGGAUACUGACGAAGUUUCAGUGUGGCGUUACCAAAGGACCCACUCGUAAUUAUUCAAGGGGGGGGAUAGUAAGAUAUAUACCUUCCAGUAGUAUGCUGAGACACGAUUAUAGAAUACUAGACAGCUCCUCGAUGCCUAACCUGGGAUGACACAAUGGGGUGUGUUCCUCUCUGCCGCCUAAAGGAUGAAAAUAUAGCAAGAUAUUGGACGAAGCAUUUUGACUGUCAUAGAAU